GCUGCAGAAACGGGAAGUAGGACCAAAACAAAGGAGCGGCGGCCGGGAGCGGUCUUUCUUUUCCUACCUCCUCCGGCUUCCACCUCGGCCCCGGCCGCCGACCCCCGGGAGCCGUCCGGUCAUGUCCAACAUGGAGAAACACCUGUUCAACCUAAAGUUCGCGGCCAAAGAACUGGGCAGGAGUGCCAAAAAAUGCGACAAGGAGGAAAAGGCCGAAAAGGCCAAGAUUAAAAAGGCCAUUCAGAAGGGCAACAUGGAAGUUGCGAGGAUUCACGCCGAGAACGCGAUUCGCCAGAAGAACCAGGCGGUGAAUUUCCUGAGGAUGAGCGCGCGGGUGGACGCGGUGGCCGCCAGGGUCCAGACGGCCGUGACGAUGGGCAAGGUGACCAAGUCGAUGGCCGGUGUGGUUAAGUCGAUGGACGCGACGUUGAAGACCAUGAAUCUCGAGAAGAUCUCCGCCCUGAUGGACAAGUUCGAGCACCAGUUCGAGACGCUGGACGUGCAGACGCAGCAGAUGGAGGACACGAUGAGCAGCACGACGACGCUGACCACUCCCCAGGGCCAGGUGGAUAUGCUGCUUCAGGAAAUGGCAGACGAGGCCGGCCUCGACCUCAACAUGGAGCUGCCGCAGGGCCAGACCGGCUCCGUGGGCACGAGCGUGGCCUCGGCCGAGCAGGACGAACUGUCCCAGAGGCUGGCCCGCCUGCGGGACCAAGUGUGACCGCGGAACCCGCUCUCAGGCGUCCCGGCCGUAGCCACCUUCGAAGACGGAUACUCUACGCUAGAAACUCGGAACCGGCCGGAAUGCUGAACUGCUCUCACUCAAGAUGCUUCUACCUUUGGGUUUUACAGUGCUCUCCAGAUACACGAAGACGUCCCAGGCCUUCUCCACUCUUAAAUGGAUUUGAAAGUUCUGUAUAGCUUGUUAUCAUGUGUAUUUUUAUAGCUGCCUUUUAACAGAUCUGGUUAAUUUGGCGUAUAUGAAUCUUUCUUAAAAAUUUGGUCAAAACUCUAGUUCCCGUGUAUUCAGUAUUCUGCCUGAAUUACCAGAAUUGAAGGUUUUCUUUUUAAUUUUGUGUAAUCGAUAAUAUCUAGAGUUGACGGGAGGUGAUUACGUAGGUUGAUUACAGCGCUAUCAGCACCUCAUUAAGAGAUUUAUUUCAUGGGCAGUGCUAUUCUGUGUAUCCUUUGUUUAUUGUAAUCAGAUCCAGACUAAAGGUGACUAUUCAUCUGUUCUCAUAACUUACACUAAAAUUACUUUACGAUUUUCCUGCAUAAUGUUCAGUUACUGUUUACGUCCUAUAAAUUUUUCUUAUGGUAGUUGUCUUUUUAUAACUGGAAAUGCCACGUAACUUCCAUUUAUCAUAAGAGAAAAGUGUUCAUUUAUGGGUUUAAGAUUUACAAGGUUUAACGUUAGUAUGACAGUUUUUUCCAAGUGAACUUCUCUCUCAUGUUUCUAGUUAUUUUCCUAAUUAGACUUCUUUUAAAGUAUGGCAAUUAGCAUGACAGUCACAUUACUCUGACGUUGCCAAAGAACCGUUGAUUGGUUUGAGAAAGCCCUGGGACUGUGUGUGUGUAGGUUUUGUUUUGAUUUUAAUCAAAAAUAGAAAUAAAAUUAGAACUGCAUUUUA